AUGUACAACCUAGCCAACGUCGAGAGCCACCGCUUCGGCGGCCGCCAGGAGGAGCCGGCCGUCUACAUCACCGAGAUUGCGCGCACCGGUCUCGGCCUCGCGGCCAUCGCGACAGACAAUGCCAUCUCGCUACUCGACCCCGCGCGGCUGGCAGCCGGACCGGUCGCGGCCUGGCACGCGCCGCACGGUGAGUCAGUGACGGCGCUGCGGACGCUCGACGACGCGCUGGUGUGCACGGCCGGCGAGGACGGCACCGUCGCCGUGUGGGAUCUCCGGAUCAAGGACGCCGCUGCCAAGGUGGCGCAUUUCAAGGCGAGCGAGGCGCCGAUUCUGUCCAUGGCGUGCAGCAGGGCGACCAACACAAUCGCAGUCGGCACGGAGCUGCACAACCACACAGCCUCGAUCCAUCUCUGGGACGUCACGGGCGCGCCGGCCCCUCGCGCACACUACCAGGACGUGCACAGCGACGACGUGACGGAGCUCGCCUUCCACGGCGGCCAACCGGCGCUGCUGCUGUCCGGGUCGACCGACGGUCUCGUGAGCGUGCACGACACGCGCGUCGCCGACGAGGACGAGGUGACGGUGCAGACCUUCAACCACGGCGCCUCGGUGCACCGCGCCGCCUUCCUCGGCCCGGCCUCGAGCGAGGUGCUCGCCCUCUCCCACGACGAGCGCUUCGCCCUCUACGACGCCGCCGAGGAACGCGCUGGUGGCGAUGCGAUCCGCGACUUUGGCGACCUCCGCCCGCUGCUCGGCUGCCAGUACGUCGCCAACGUGACGCCUAAGGCCGACGGCCUCGGCGCCGUCAUCGGGGCGGGCGCCCAAGAGUACGUUUAA